UAUAUGGUUCCCUGGACAGUUAAAUGCUGAUCUUCGCAAGCUUGCUGUAAAUAUGGUCCCAUUUCCCCGUUUACAUUUUUUCAUGCCUGGAUUUGCUCCUUUGACAUCACGUGGGUCUCAGCAGUACAGAGCUUUAACUGUACCAGAACUCACACAGCAGAUGUUCGAUGCAAAAAAUAUGAUGACAGCUUGUGACCCCAGACAUGGUCGAUAUCUCACUGUGGCAGCCAUCUUCAGAGGGCGCAUGUCUAUGAAAGAGGUGGAUGAACAAAUGCUGAAUGUCCAGAACAAGAACAGCAGCUAUUUUGCUGAGUGGAUUCCAAACAAUGUUAAGACUGCAGUGUGUGACAUACCGCCUCGUGGACUUAAAAUGUCAGCAACAUUUAUUGGGAAUUCCACAGCUAUACAAGAACUCUUCAAACGUUUAGGGGAACAGUUUUCAACAAUGUUCAAACGCAAAGCUUUCCUUCAUUGGUACACAGGUGAAGGUAUGGAUGAGAUGGAAUUUACUGAGGCUGAAUCAAACAUGAAUGAUUUAAUUAGUGAAUACCAGCAGUAUCAGGAAGCAACAGCUGAAGAAGAGGGAGAAUUUGAUGAAGAGGAGGAAGGAGAAGGAGAAGAAGCAUAAAUCUAAAUUUUCAUGGCAGUAAAUGCUGUACUUAAUUAAUUCUGAGUUUUUAGUGUUGCUCAAAGAAAUUGAAACCUGUUAACUUGUUACUGAAGAUCUGCAGAAAUAAACACUGAAUUUUUUACCAUAGUAUUUCAUUUGUAUCUUUGUGUGUGUUAGACACAAGAAUGCAUUUUCACCAUUCAUAAUGUGUGUCUGGAGAGUUAAUGGUGUAUUUAUGAUUUAGGUGUUGCAUUGCAGCUAAUAAAGCUUUUUGUGCUCAACAA